UUGAGUCUAUUCUUUAUAUCCUGAUAUCUCAAAUGGGAUAGGAACACUGUAUCCGAUUAAAAACUAUUGUGUACCUAAAGGCAGUAACCAUUAAGAUAAGUCUAGUGGUUCUGUUCGUAUUUGGCGUCAUGCACUGUUCUACUGUAGAGCUUCAAAAAUGUAUUCCCCUUGAAAAACAGUAAAAAUAUUUGUUGUUUGUCUUUAUUUUUAAAGAUUGGUGCUCUCAAUUUGAGAAGUACUGAGUGAUAAACUAACAGAUUUAUAGCUAGCUCAAAGUCAAAUCAGUUUUAUUGUUUUUUUUUUUAAUCGUGAUUUCUUCCGUGCACUUGAGUUGUUUUACUCUUACAUCUUUCGCAUUGUAUUAACAAAUAUAGAAAAUUCUGCACAGACCAAGUUUGAUUACCUGGUUUAAGAAACAUUUCUGGUAAUAUAAAAAUUCAGUGGACAGCUGACACGGCACACCAUCGAACAAAUGUAUCUUUUCCCGCUGACCUUUUGCGUGAACUCUGCACUUUAUCCUCAGACAUGAAGGUUAACAUGGCUGAAACACACAGUUUGACAGCAGCGCAGGGCAGGAAGAAAUGGAAUUUACCACAGAGAGGUGGGGCUGAGCCUAGAAAAGCAAGUACUGACCCUCCUGACAGAGACACUGAGAGAAAACUGGAUUUUGUUGCUCUAUGCAAAUGCUUGUGUGUGCAGGCAGUUCCUUUCAGAGGUCAUAUCCCAGGAGGAAUGCAGCCGGGAAAAAGGAUCAUAGUGAUUGGUACUGUGAAUCCCCAUCCUGACAGGUUCUACAUUGCCCUGACAUGUGGUUGUGGCACAUCCAGGGAGCCUCCACCUGAUGUGGCUCUGGAGAUGUGUGUUCGAUUCAAGGACAGACAAGUGCUACGAAGAGCCUGCAUGUCUGGAUCCUGGGGAGAUGUUGACAAAGCUGUUCCUUUUUUUCCCUUCAUCAGAGACCAGCCCUUCAAGAUUGAGAUUCGGUGUGAACAAAGCAGAUUUCGUGUGUUUGUGGAUGGCCAGCAGCUUUUAUAUUUUCACCAUAGAUUGACAUCACUCAAAGACAUUGAUACCUUAUGGAUCAAAGGUAGCAUCAUUAUCACCAAACUGGGUUAAGCAGUGUCCCUUCUCAGCAGUGCUCACCAGCCCCUUUGGAGGUCUCGAAUUUCAAUUUUAUCUGCACUGUGUGUCAGGAAUUCCCCUGUAUUCACUCCAGGCAUUGUGGUACCAGAUGAUGCUGGUACAACAAAACAAGAUUUACAAAUGUCCAUAUUUGUGAUUGAUUACUAGUUUCUGAUGUUCAGAAAUGCAUUGUGCAUUCUACAAACAAAUAUUAGUUUAAAUGAAAGUUAAUACUUUAAUAAAUUCAGAUUUCACAUGAAUGGACUGUAGAGUUAUGGGUCUCUUUUCGUCAACAUCACAUCUGGUUCAGUGUAUCAGUGUAUGUAUUAACAGUCUGUAACUGGAGGCUUUAUUAUAUAAAUACCUGUUUAUGUUAGCUGGAAUUAUGUUUGCUACAAAAAUACUUUUGGUUUUGUUAAAUUUUUGUAUUUCUGGUAAUUAAUGCAUUUAUCAAUUACUUAUAACUUAAGCACUUUUGAAAAUCUUCUGUUUGUAGAUUAUUAGAUUACAACAUAUAUUUCUUGUUAUUGCCAUUCAUUAAAUAGUUUAAUGCACAGCACAACUAGCCUUCUAAAUGUAAUUUUUUCUGAUGUAUGUUCAGUUCUAUUCUUAGCAUGAAGUUUUCAAUAACAGGAAACCUGUAGGGGUAGGUGUUCCACAACAUUUGUGAUAACUACCUCAGUCCACUAGUAGGAUUUCAUGCUACCAACCAUAACUUAAAAAAAUCAUUUGUCUUUUGAAGAUCAUGUUUAAUGUCAGAGCUUACUUGGGGACCAUCCAAUUACAAGUGGAUCAUUUUGUUUUUUAAAAUAAAAUGAAUGAAGGCUCUUUCUUUUCUUUGCAUUAGUAAAAAAAUAAUAAUAAUAAAAAAAUACAUUUCCAUUUCACUAAUAAUGAAUGAAUAAAAAUGUAGUUUUCAGAUAUCUUAUGGGCUUUGGUAAUAGUUUUGGAUAAUAUUUCAGACUUAUUUCCAGUUACUUUAUACAGUAAAAAAGUUAUCUUAAAGUUAACUGUAAGAUAGUAACAGUUAAUGACUGGCUUUUAUUGUUCUUUUAUUUUUUAUUGUUAUCUUUAUUUUAUUUUAUUUUUUUUUAGCUUAUAAUAGAAUCAGGUGCAUUGUGUGUGUCCGCAUUUUAGGGCUGUUGUCAAUUUUGCUUUAUUGACGCCAGUGUGAAGAAGUGUAUGCCUUACCUGUAGCACAGCAGUUUCACCGUAAGGUGGCUGCAGAGGAUAUUGGUAUACAUUAGGCAACAGUACAGUUGAUAAAUCCUCCUGAGAAGCAGCCUAAUGUACUAAAUAAAGGACAUCCUGGGCUCUCAUUUUACAUGAACAAAUUGGAGUCUAUUAGAUAGAUAUGAUACAAACCACUGCAGCGCAGUACCUGUAAUACCUACAGCAUGUGCUAAUCGCUCUAUUAGAAUAUUAUGGUCAAGAGUAUCAAGCACAGAAGGACACAAGUUUUCUUUGUGCCUAAACUAAUGUGCAUUUGAACCAUUGUAGGAGCCAUUUUGGGGGUUGUUAUCUUAUGGCUGCCGCUAGGGGUCACCUUAUGUGUUUUUUGUUUUUUUUUCCUAGUAUGAUGACUCUAUUUAAGGUAGACACACGUUAACGCUAACGCCAGGUGUUGUCAUUCAGGAGGAGCAAGCAAGCAGUUUGUGAACGCUGCGCUGUUAUGAUAUGGUGUGGAUAAAGAGAACUGUUAACAACAAAUGCAACUGAUGGAAGUGGAAUAAAGAUUCGAACAAACAAGAUAAGUACGGCUGGAGUUAUUGGAUUGUAACAAGAGUAACAAAUUCAUUCAUACCAGUGGCAUCGUGUCACCCCCGCUAACGAACACCUCCGUGGCUUCAAGCGUAGGCUUACCCUCUACAACCAUUAUUAUUCUGCAGACUGUGCUGUCAGACAAGAAAUCUAUAUAUUGUUCUGGUAUGCAGUUAAAAAUCAGCAACCAAAGUUACUGGAGAGGGAUUGGAUGAAUUGUGUGGGCCAGUUCCAAUUUCUGCACCAAACUGUUCCCUCUAUCUUUAUAGAGCUUUGAGCUGAGGGGUUGUCGUGUCGUGUUCCAUUUAUAUAGCCAAAUGUCAAAUUUUUACUAUAUGUUCUUGUUAUCUAUGUCAAUCAAAAUCCAAAAUGGUGACACAAAAUUGGAAGAUCACUGCUGUCUAAAACAUCAAGACUAUCCACAAAAGAGGCACAGACAUGAAGUAUCUUGUUCCAUAAUGCUUAUCAACUGUUUGUUGUCUGAGAUUAGAAUGUCAUUGUCAUUUAGACAGACUGCAUCAUCCCAGGGCUUCUCUCUUCUUCAGUUUCAUGGAAAUGCUCUGCUAUGAUCACCUCCUGCCUUCUCUCAUCAAUUAUCCAUCACAGCUACAGUUCACUGACCUGUCACACUGCCAGUAUGGCUCCAUGUGUACUUAUAUUUUCUUGACAUGAAGCAAGUCCCCACGAGGAUGAACUUGUGAGGUUUAGGAUUAUGAUAAGGUUUGAAUAAGUACUGGUUAUGAUAAUGGGAAUUUUCCAUGAAAUUAAUAUGCCAAUGUAAAUGUGCAUCUCUGAAGUGAUGGAAACACACCGUAUGAGGCACCUUGCCCUGUAUUUGCUCUCUGCUGUGCUUUAAUAAACCUGCUUUCAUGUUC